CAAAACGAAUACAAAAUAAUGUAUUUAAUAUUUAAAAUGAUUUUAUGAUAAACUUGUAAAAAUCGAAUUCAAUUAAGUAAUAUUUUAAUUUUUAAUUGAAACCGAAGAACCACGAUGAAAGACUGUGAAGUAAAGAUGUGCGAGAAUGAAAACGUAGCUAAGAAGGUUAAAUCAAAUGAAGAAGUUUGUGAUGAAGUUACUAAUAGAGUUGUCUUACCACCUAAAUCAAAACCAGAAAGGUGUAUCAUAUGCAGACAGUUCAAAGACAAUAUAACUUUGUACAACGGACAUCCAAAUAAUUCUGUUGAGGAAUAUAUCGCUCUAACUGAUGAAAAAUUAUCUAUAUUUACAGGAGAAGAGUCGAAUGUUAAUGAACAAGACUGUCGACCUACUCACAAGGUUACUCACUUCAAUAUUUAUUGUAAAAAUGGACAUCUUUGUCCUUUUGAUACUGGGCUCAUUGAAACAGAUGUGCUUCUCUUUUUUUCGGGACAUGUUAAACCCAUUUAUGAUGAUAAUUCCAAUCCUGAUGGGGGAAUUCCUACCUAUGACAUGGGACCUAUUAAUGAAUGGUGGACUACUGGCUUUGAUGGUGGUGAAAAAGCCCUUGUUGGUUUUUCAACUGACUAUGCAGAUUAUUAUUUAAUGGAACCUUCUCAAGAUUAUGAACCAUUUUGGGAAGCAGUGAACGAGAAGAUACAUUUGUCGAAAAAAAUAAUAGAAUAUCUUCUUGACGAGGGUUGGCAGAAUCCAACCUAUGAGGACCUACUGAGAUUAAUUCAGUCUCUUGGCAGGUAUCCGCAGGCUGAGGAAUCCUUAUUGACUCAUGCUCAAUUCAUUUGUAAUCAGGUGGUUAGUUAUGAUGCUUCUGCAGAAUCAGAUGAUGUGGAAAAACCUCUUAUAAGUAUACCAUGUAUGAGAUCUUUGGUGAAGAUGGCUGGUGUUGUUUUUUCUGGGAAGAAGAAUAUGCGUAAACGUCAAAAUAAGGCAGGAAAAGUCAAAGCACCAACAUGGAGCCAAGCAGCAACAACAAGCUUGGUGAGAGAUAUUUUUGAAAGUUGUUUCAAGGACCAAAUUGCCAAUAACAAUGGAAAAGAUAUCAAAGGACCUCGUAGGAAACGUUGUGGAGUCUGUGAAGCAUGCCUAAAUCCAGAAUGUGGAGAAUGUUCUCAUUGCAAAGAUAUGAAAAAAUUUCAUGGACCAGGUCGAACCAAGCAAGCCUGCAAAAGGAGAAUUUGUCCCUAUAUGGCUAUUGAAGAAGCAGACAAUGACAGUGAUGCUGACGAAGAUAAAGAUGAUGAAAUAAAUAUUAAAGAAUCUGAUAAGAAAGCAUGUUCAACAAAAAUCAUACAUAACGUUGUCUUUCCAAAUGAUUCAAUUCUUCUUCAUAAUGGGAAAAAAUUCUAUAAAUGUGCUUUGGUGGACGAAAUUGAAGUGACUGUAGGAGAUUUUGUGAUGUUGAACUCCGAUAAUUCUAAUAAACUUCCGCAAAUUGGAAAAGUGACUUACAUGUAUGAAGAUGUAUUUCCUGUUAGGAAAAUGUGUCAUGUGCACUUAUUUGAGAGAGGAACUGAUACCAUACUAGGAACUAUUGCAGAUCCUAGAGAAUUGUUUGUUAUCGAUCACUGUGAAGAAGUACCUCUAGGAAGUAUAGUUCGACUUGCUAAUGUGGAGCACAGGAAAAAAGAUCCAAAUUGGGCAAUGAAUGGAGGCAUCAAAGGUUUACCACCAUUAUUAGAAGAUGAUGGGAGCAACUUUUAUUAUACAUCAAGGUUUGAGAAGGAUGGCAGUCGAUUUAUAGAUUUUAUUGACGAAUUUCAAGAUAAAAAUAGUUUCAAUAAUUGCAAUUCUUGUAGACGAAGACUUGCUAGAAAAAAAUGCGCAUCAGUGGAUUACGAUGGUAAAGAAAUCAAAUGGAUGAAUGAAACAUUCACUAUAGGAACUUGUGUCUUUCUCAAACCAGAAGCAUAUAAAUUCAUAAUAGGGUUCCAAAGACAAAACAGCAAUGAAGUGGAACCAACCAAGGUGGAUGCAGAUUUAUACCCAGAGUAUUACAGAAAAGUAGCAGAAAAUGUUAAAGGUUCAAACUCAGACACACCUGAUACAUUUGUUAUUGCUCGAAUUGAAGAAAUUAAAUAUAAAGAAAAAGAAGAUACUAAACUUAAAGUUAGAAUAUUUUAUAGGCCACAACAUGUGAAGGGUUCCAUCCAUUCAAUUUAUGAGAAAGAUUUGAACUUAGUAUACUGGUCGGAAAAGGUUAUCAACACAUCUUUUGGUAACGUUAUUGGUAUAUGUUAUGUAUUUUAUGGAGAAAAUCUAAAAGAUAGAAGACAAUGGAUUGGUGAAGGACCAUACCGAUUUUAUUUUGAAGAAUCUUAUGAUCCAGACACUCAAACAAUGGAUGAUGUACCCUGUAUAGCCACUAAGCUGGGUUUACAAGGAAAGGGCAAGGGAAAAAGUAAGUGGAUCAAAAUUUAUGUUUUCUCUUUUUCUUUAUUUAAUUUUCUUAAUUCAACAGUGGGAAAAGGCAAAUCUUUUAAAGCUGAGGUGGAUUCAUUUGUAUUACCUCCUGAGUGGCCGAAAGUAGCAGUACCAUUGAAAGCGAUGGACAUUUUUGCAGGAUGUGGUGGACUCUCUGAAGGCCUUCAUCAAUCUGGUAUUUGUGAAACUAAGUGGGCGAUUGAGAAAGAGGCAGCUGCUGCUGAAGCAUUUAGGUGCAAUAAUCCCAAAUGUAAGGUUUUCACUGAUGAUUGUAAUGAUUUGCUCCAAAUGGUCAUGAAUGAGCAAGAUAAAGCUAAAAAAAUUGGUCUUCCACAAAAAGGAGAGGUUGAGUUGCUUGUAGGGGGUCCACCGUGCCAAGGCUUCUCAGGAAUGAAUAGAUUUAAUGCUGGACAAUAUUCUCUAUUCAAGAACUCGUUGAUUGUCUCUUAUCUUAGUUACUGCGAGUAUUACAGACCAAAGUAUUUUAUCCUAGAAAAUGUCAGAAAUUUUGUGUCAUUCAAAAGAAGUGUAGUUUUAAAAUUGACACUAAGAUGCUUGCUUGCAAUGGGUUAUCAAGUAGCUUUUGGAGUUCUCCAAGCAGGGCAUUAUGGGGUACCCCAAACUAGAAGAAGGCUUAUAAUAAUGGCUGCAGCUCCUGGAUAUGUUUUACCAAAGUACCCACAGCCAUCUCAUGUUUUCAAUAAAAGAGGAUGUCACUUAUCAUUUGUUGUUGACGAUACUAAAUUCGACAAUGGUAUUAAAUGGCUAGAUUCUGCUCCAUAUCGAACAGUUACUGUACGUGAUUCAUUAUCUGACCUUCCUGAAAUCAAAAAUGGUUUCAAUCAACUAGAAAUUCAGUAUGACUCAGAACCUUUGACUCACUUCCAAAGGCUGAUGCGUGGUCGUGAGUCCAGUGAAGUUGUUCGGGAUCAUAUAUGUAAAGAAAUGGCCCCUUUGGUGGAGGCACGGAUAACUCAGAUUCCAACAUAUCCUGGAGCAGAUUGGAGGGAUCUUCCGAAUAUGGUUGUAAGGUUGAACAAUGGAACAUUCACACAGCUUCUAAAGUAUACUUACAGAUCUAAAAAGCAAAAUCCCAAUGAUCCCCCUCGUGGUGUUUGCCAAUGUGCUGUAGGCAAAUCCUGUGAUCCUUCUGAUCGACAAGUUAACACAUUAAUUCCAUGGUGCCUACCACAUACAGCAGACAGGCAUAAUCAUUGGAGCGGUCUUUAUGGAAGAUUGGAAUGGGAGGGUUUCUUCAGUACUACGAUCACCAAUCCUGAGCCAAUGGGUAAACAAGGAAGAGUUUUACAUCCAACACAAAACAGGGUAGUUAGUGUUAGAGAAUGUGCUAGAUCUCAAGGUUUCCCUGACAAAUUCAAAUUUUAUGGUAAUAUUUUGGAUAAACAUCGACAAAUCGGAAAUGCUGUUCCUCCACCUAUGGGUGCUGCAAUUGGCAGAGAAAUAGUGAAAGCAUUAUUAUUAAGUGAAGAAAUGCAAAUUCCUAUCAAACAUGAAGUGGAUCAUGUCAUCAAAGUCGAAUUAAAAAAUGUGAUAAAUGGAGCAAAUAGUUCCGUAAAAACUGAAGUUGAAGUAUGAACAAUAUUGCAAUUAUUUGAUCUUACGAUCAAUUUUUAACUGUUUUUAAUUUAUGACUUGUUCAUUUGAAUUUAAUUUUAUAAUCUUUUAAGUAUCAUAUAAACCAUUCUAUGGAAGUGUAAAUGUCAGUUGAAUUUGUAAUAUGUUGAUAGGUGAAUAUACAUUUCAAAUUA